GCUCCCUCAGCGCGCCGAGCGCGGCCCAGCGGCCCGGGCGGAGGCCCGGGGGCGACGCGGCGCCGAGAGGGCGGGCGGACUUCGGAGCGCCGGGCGGCCCGAGUCUGCGGCCGGUCGGUGCGCGGCGGGCGGGCGGCGGGCGCCGGUCUAUAUGGCGGCGGCUCUGUCGGGCCUGGCUGUCCGCCUCUCGCGCUCGGCCGCCGCCCGCUCCUAUGGGGUCUUUUGCAAGGGGCUGACCCGCACGCUGCUCAUCUUCUUCGACCUGGCCUGGCGGCUGCGCAUCAACUUCCCCUACCUCUACAUCGUGGCUUCCAUGAUGCUCAACGUCCGCCUGCAGGUUCACAUUGAGAUCCAUUGAAGGCCUUCUGCUGACUGACAAAGGCAGGUCAUCAGGCUACCACACCGGAAAACACGCAGCAUGAGGGACAGAGUGGGGGCUCUGGGCACCUGCCCCGGGAAGGUGAAGGGGGCAGGAGGGGACUCAGACGAGUUGCCGUGUGGACUUGAAGGAGCACAGGGGGAGAGCCCUUGCCCGUCCUCCCGGAUGCACACGCCCGUGGAUGACGUAGAUGGAACUUCACAAAAUGAGGAGUUGUCAACGGAAGUGAAAAAUGCUCUGAGUGAGGUCAGCCUCUCGCUUCACAGUGGCAGCAAAGCUCUUCCGUGUUUGAAAGAAUCAUUAAGAAGUUCAGCUCCCGCGGCGGCCCAGAGCAAGACUGUGGAUCUGUCCUGUGCUCCUGCGGGAGAGCAUUGUGCUGGGGUGUCGUGUUGGGGUGGGGGAGCUCUGGCGAGGGGCUGGCCGGGAGGAGGGCCCGGGGCCAGCGACAGCCAGAGAGGAUGGUGCCACAAAGGAGAGCCUUGGGGGCCAGGACUGCCGUGCCUUCAGAAACGGUCAGAAGUGGGGGUUUCUGAGGAGGACCCGUCAAGUGCUCUUCUAGAGGGGCGAGGCUCCGAGUCAGAACCGUCUUGCCUGCAUCUCGUCCGGUCUACACUGCUGCGCGCACGCCCCGAAGUACUCCUGAGUGAUGAGACAGAAUGUGUUCUCCUUGGCCGUUCAAAGCCCGCGUUUUCAGAGCAAACAGAAUACAAGAAAACGCUCUCACGUGUACGAAGUCCCUCAGCCGAUCUGCAGACAACGCC